CUUUCUUCUACUUCUCUUCCCCUUCUUUUUCUUUUCACUUUCCUUUCCUUUCUCUCUCUUUCUUUCUUUUUCUCUUUCCUCUCUCUUUUUCCUCCUUUUUCUCUGUUAAUGAAAAGGUCAAGGUGGCAACUACUUUGUUUGGCCAUUACUAUUUUAUUCAUUGUCAUAGUAAAUGCUUCCACCGUCGAAAAGUUAACACAUACUACAGAUGAUCAUCAUCGUCAUCGACAUCACAAGCGUCCCUUUACGAAAACAAUUGUCAAUUGUUCUUUGGCGAAGAAGCAACAUAGACAUCAAUUGAAAACGAUCAAUAGACAUCACCGUAUUCACACGUCUUACGUUUGUCACAAAGCUCAUCAUACCACUAAAAAGACUAAUAAGCAUGUCAAACAUCACAAGACAAAGAAGCAUCACUCAACCGAUGUGAAGCAUCAUCGUCAUCAUCACUCUAGUCAUCGUACCAGUGUUCACCACCACAAGACAAUCAAGUCUCAUCAUGCUAAUAAAAAGCAUCGUAAAGACAAAGAACACGACAAGAAGCAUAGAGGAAAAAAUAACACUACCAAGAAACAUAAUUCGACUGUUACUAAACCACACCAUACUAAAAAGAUCCAUCGCGCUAAAAGUGACCAUCACAGCACUAUAAUAAAUUCUCAUAAAGUUAGUGCAACCUCGACUGUACCAACAGCAGUAGCACCUACUCCAGGUGUCACGAAUGGUGACACACCUGGUUCAGUAACAAUCACCCUCGAGGGCUUUGAGCCUACCGUUCAACCUGCAGCCAUUCAACCUACACCUGCUGCUGAUCGACAGGCACCCUCCGACAAUUCAUCCUCCGAUGACAUUUCUGCUCAAGGCAUUGCCGACAGCUCAUCUUCUGAUAACUCUUCUGCCGAUGAUUCUUCUUCUGAUAACCAGGAGCCUUCGCCCACAGAAGAUCAAUCGACGGGUACGACGAUUAUAAAUCCCACGCCUUCUGGUGGUAGCAGUGCCAGUGGCGGCACAGGAAGCAUCACUCCAGACACCCAGGUAUCCACGCAAGCUGCCAACAACGGACCUAGUGUAGAUGCAGAACCACAAAGCAAGAUUAUUGGUAUCUCCGUGGGCGCUGUUGCCGGCUGUGUUGCUGCAGCAGGAUUAGCAGGCAUGUUUAUCUACCGACGCCGCCAGGACAAGGAGCAGCAAAGUGAAGUGGAACCAGAUGAACAUGUCAACACAAGAUGGCGUACGCAAUCGUUUAUGGCUGUUGUUGCUGGAGCAGUAGCCAAACUUCCCAAGCGCAGCGAUUCAUCUGGAUCAAAUCGUUCACGUGGUGUUUUAGGUACUAUUCGACGUGCUGCUAGUAAAGCAUCAAGUACGCUGUCAAGAUCAGGCUCGAGAUCAAGUCAGCAAAGUUAUGGUAUUGCCGUCUCUGGACCAAUGCCUCCAAUUGCUCACGUAGACGAGCAGCGUUAUCAUUCACAUGCUUAUUAAAUAAAUAAAUAUAAAAA